AGAGCACAGUCUCCCUCACUCUCCUUUUUUUUUCCAACUUCUGUGAAACUUUUAACUCUUUAGCCUCUCCCGAAAGAGAAGGAGACGCCAUGGAUAAACUUCUACAACCACCGUCUUCUUCCUCCGUUACUCUCUCCAACUCUCAAUCAAGUGCAUCUCCGUUACUCCCCCGUGUCCACAGACUUUAUUCGCCGAGUCUCACCUUUGCCUCCUCGCGCCGUCCCGAGUCACGCCGAGUCAGCUCCGUUUCCUGCUUCUUCCGCCAGAAUCCAUCGCCGGGUACGUCUUCCGGAAUGAAUCAGAGUAGAGAUUUCUUGUUUCCGUCUCCUAAAUCCGAUGAGUCGAAACCUAAUCCAGGGUUUAUCGAACGGAUCGUGAGGAGUUUUAAGCAGCGCAGGACUAUAUCCGUUGGAACAGUCAUACUAAUUGCUGCUGUAGCUGCGCUUUUGCUUAACCCUGUUCUUGUGCCGCCUGCUUUUGCUAGCUUUCAAACUGCUACUAAAUCUACUGGUAGUGCUGUUGGUGGUAAACUCCUCAGGACUGAAGUAUUGACAAGUGCUUGGACUGGUUUCUUUGCUGGUUGCUUGCACACUUUGUCUGGACCUGAUCACCUUGCUGCUUUGGCUCCACUUUCGAUUGGACGGACGAGAAUGGAGAGUGCAGCAGUUGGAGCCCUCUGGGGAUGUGGUCACGACGCUGGUCAACUCAUCUUUGGUUUAAUAUUUCUGCUUCUAAAAGAUAGGCUUCACAUUGAAGUCAUAAGAACUUGGGGUACAAGAGUCGUCGGCUUGACCCUCCUCGUGAUUGGUGCUAUGGGAAUCAAAGAAGCUUCUGAGAUCCCGGAACCAUGUGUUGUUACCUUGGAGAAUGGGGAAACAGAUGAGAAAAGCUCGAAGAAGAAAAAGAUAGGGUUUGCGACAUUUGCUACUGGGAUCGUUCACGGACUGCAGCCGGAUGCUCUGAUGAUGGUAUUGCCUGCACUGGCUCUUCCUUCUCGGUUAGCCGGCGCAUCAUUUCUCAUCAUGUUCUUGAUUGGGACGGUGAUUGCGAUGGGGAGCUACACAGUGUUUAUCGGGUCAUGCAGCGAAGCAUUGAAAGACAAGGUUCCUAGGAUCACAGAGAAACUAACGUGGGCAUCUUCUCUUGUGGCCAUUGGACUUGGAUUGGCAAUUAUUGUCAGCCAGUUCUUUGGAUUCAGCCUUUAUUGAGACAAACAUCUCCCAGUAUCUGUAGCUCUAGAGUAUUAUUAUAUAAGAUUUUUGCCUGUACCAACCAAAUUUGUAUCUUGUUUCAGAAUCUUCUUUUUUUAAUCAAAUAGAAGUUUGGUGUUUGGCUCCCCAGUUUGUUCACCAUUCUAAUA